AUUUCAAAACACAUAUAGCAUGUGCGUUCGCGAGUGUGUCUGCGUUCGAUUGUAAAUUGUUUUUUAUUUCAUUCCGCCCGCCUUGAAAUGUAUUUUUAAGUUUCUGUGCUCAAUUUCGCGUUGGAUGUUGUUUACUUUUUGCGUUGUUUAAUUUGUUUUGGCCUGUGUUGUGUUUCUCUCCCUGAGUUUCUUCUUUAUUCAAAAUGACAAAAGGCGAAAACAAACUAAAUUGUGGAUAACAUGGAUUUUAUGCAAAUUCAACGUUUUCUGAUUCAGACCUUUAUUUCGGCAGCGCUGUUAAAUGAAUUCAAAAUGGUCGAAGAAAUCAGUCAAAUAAAGCGUGGAAUAUAAAAAUCUGUGCAAUCAAAAUGAUUCGUAUUAAGAUCAAUAAGAUUAUAUAACACUCAAUAUUAAAACCCGAAACAAACACACAGAAAUUCACUAAACUUCUGAAACAAUUAAAGUAAAAACAAGUAGUAACGAAACAACACACCUUAUUUAUAAAUAAACAUCCAAUAAAAUGGCAACCUAAGCAUUUCCGCCCUGACUCACAUUACAAGACAAUAAAAACGGUGACAUUUAGAAAUUCCUGAUAAAUUCUCCAUACAGUCGCACAUUUUCUCGGUAAUCAAAUAACAAAUCAAAGCUUCGAGACAUGCAAAUUAAUUUUGAACGCAGAAAAACCCAAAUUCUACUAUUCACAAUCAGUAAACAACAAGAGUACAAAUAGUCCAACAAAAUAUAUGACCGCAGAAUUCCAAGAAAAUCCCUCAAAACUGUGCUACUUAAAAAUACCACGAGGUCGCACACGAAAUGCAAGGGAAAAACCAAAAAAACAUAGCCAAAAUGGCAUUUCGAGUAUUUCCAGCUUAUAGCUACAACGGAAAAUAAUUGGAAAAUCACUUGAAAAAAGACAAAGAGCAAAAAAGUGCGUAAAAAAAGCAGCGUGGCGUAAAAAACAAGUCCUAAAAAUAGACCAAAAUGUGUCGCGUCUAAAAAUUGACGCAUAGUGUGGCGCAAACAACAAAAGCAAACAACUAAACACAAUAAAAAAAAACACACACACGGAUAAAACACAAACAAUAAAAACCACACGAAACGAACUAAAAACAAAUUAAGGUUUAUCGCCCGUCUCUUUUUAACUCUGCUUGCUUGUGUGUGCGUGAGUGCCGUGCGCGAGUUUACCGUUAUGAUUCAUCCAGCUGUUUGCGCAGCGUAGCAAUCUGCGCAAAAAGAAAUACUUCUCGAACUUUUGUUCGACAGACAAAAACCGAUUACUAAACGAUUUAUUUUAUGAAAUUAUGUGUGCUAAUUCGUGUACUAAAACACAAAGACAUUUAAUGAAAAGUAGUAAACACAGUGCUAAAUGAAAGAGAAUGAGACCCAGUCGACAGGACCCAAGAAGACGAUGUUGAUUGAGUGCAUUUCGCGUGACAUUCCCUGAGAGUCAGCUUCGCAAAUCGCCAGAAAGCAGAAGUAAAGCUCAAGUGUAGAGCUCGGCUGCACAGAUCUGUACAUAUAUAUACAUAUAUAGCAAUCAACCAUCCACCGAUCGGUUGAGAGGCGUGGCAAAUGAACUUCAAUCCGGCCAGCGUGGUAGCCGCCGCAGCAGCAGCCGCACAUCAGACGUCCCAUCUCCACCACCAUCACCAUCAUCAUCCGUAUUUGAGCCACCAGCAAUUGCAGAACCACCAGAGCAGCAUCACCCAACCACAGGCACAGCAACAACAGCUGAUCCCACUGCCCGUCGUCGGCGGAGGAGCAAGUUUACCAGUGGGUGGCAGCGGCGGUGGCGAUACAUCGCCCAAAAUCAUGGAGUGGACCAACGACGAUGCUCUGGAGCUGAUCGAGCAGUACCGCUGCCAUACGGAGCUGUGGAAUCGUGCCGAUCCCAAGUACAAGGAUAAACUAUGUCGAUUCCGGGCGUGGUCGGAAAUAGCCGAGCGUUUCGGUUGCAGCAAGGCGGAAGUGGAGCGGAAGAUGAACGUACUGCUCACACAGUAUCGCCGGGAGAAGCACAAGAUGUUCGUGAAGAUAUACCAGGGCAUACAGCCCAAUCCGUCCAAGUGGUAUGCCUUCAAGCGAUUCGAUUUCAUGGAGGCGGGCGGCGGCAGCCUAAGCGGCGGUGGGUCCGUGGGAUCCGGUGUUAAUGCCCCCAGCGGCAACCUGGUGCCGAAUCCCGUUUCCUCAUCCGCUGCCGCCGCCGCCCACAACGGGCUGAACGGACUGGCCGCCGCGGCAGCGGCCUACGAAAGCGGUACGAUUGCGGCGGCGGGCAACGGAGGAGCACCACCCACUGUACCAGGUGGCGGAGCACCUGGCUCACAGACCGUCAUGCAGCACAGACGCAUCAAGACCAAAGAGCUGAAAUAUUUCGGAGCGAUGGGCCUGAACAUACCCAUGUUGAUAGCGAGCAGCCAGACGCUGGACAGUUGGAAUACGGCGGGUCAGUACUCGCCACCGAUAUCGGGCUCCGGCGGCGGUGGCUCCGAGCGAGGAGGAAGUGCAGGAGGCGGCGGAGUGCCGCCACAGCAACUGCGAGUGCCCCUGCCGAUGAGCUAUCAUGGCGGAGCUGGUGGUGGGAGCAGCAGCAGUGAUUUCCAGCAGAGUCCCCUGAAGACCAUGGACACCUCGGACAAUGAGGACAACAACAAUACCAAGGAGGAUGUGGCGGCGGCAGCGGCACUGGGGCAACUGGCUGCCAAGGUCGAGCUGCGAUCGCCGGCGGGCGCAGGUCCUGGCGGUGGCGGUGGUUCGAGCAGUAGGGAAGCCAAUGAUCCAGCCAGCGAUCCCAUCAAGUCCGACCGCACGCUAAGCGAAGCUGGCAGCAGUCCCAUACCGAAUACCAACAUGCACGAGGCGCACAAGAAUCACCUGCUAAACAGUCCCGCCGGCGGAAGGGCGGUCACGCCGCGGCAGGCGCAUGAGCAGCUGCACCACCAUCCGCACACGCAACACCACCUGCAACAUCAGCAGCAGCAACUGCAGCAGCAGCAUCAGCAGUUGCAGCAGCAGCAACUGCAACAGCAUCAGCAACAGCAGCAGCUGCAUCACGGCCACGAGGAAUUGGACAUCAAGCAGGAGUUGGUGGACUAUUUCCAUGGUCAGGCGGCUGCCGGUGGCGGUGGUGGUGGUGGUGUUGUUGGUCCUGCACCGCCGCCACCACCCGAAUCGCAUCGUUCCUAUAGCUCAGCGGGCGAGGAGAGUCGCCUCCAGUUGGUGGACAUGGCCCAGGAUCUGAGAGUCGCCCAGGCGAAGGCCAAUUUUGGUGCUUUCAUCCUGCCACCCAGAGGCAGUGAUGCCAGCACACCCGCCAUGCCCUUAAAUAUGCGAAAACUGACCGGCGCCGGCAGUGCGGGUCAUAUGCUAAUGAAUUCGCUGCUGGGCUCCAGGGAGAGCAUGUCGGAUGGCGAGGAACCCGAUCCGGAUAACGACGAGGCGACCGAAUCGGCCGCCAGUCCGGGUCACAUCAAGAGCAGCGUUUCCGCCCAGGCGGCCGUUGCAGCGUCCGCCUUUUACGCCGAGUCCCUGAAUCGAGAUGAUUGCGAUUUUAUUGGAUCGAACGUGUCCCUCAAACUGCGAACCAUGGAUCGCACGCAACGAAUCAUUGCGGAGAAGCUAAUCAGCGAGGUGCUGUACUAUGGGCAAUUCAACGAGCUGGAACGCUCGGCGCGGAUACAGCCCAAGUGACAGUGGCGCCCCAAGAAGUGGACGGCUGCGAUGGGGAACGGAAGUGGUGGGGCCGUGGGUCUGGGCAUCGGUGUGGGUUUGAGCAGGAUCAGGCUGGGCAGGAGCCUCCUCGCCCCGCAGCAUGGCAAGUGAAUUCCAUUUGAUGAAAUAGUCGACAGAGAGUAGUAGGCAAAUACAGAAACCAAUACAGAGAACAGUACAACUUAUUUUUAGUUUGGCCAGGAUCGGGGUCACCACUUGUACAAAGCUUGGCUUGAACGGGGGCAGUGUUACUUAGCCGGAGAGAAAGUGGAAAGGGCGAGAAGAAAGCGGAGAAGGGCUUGGAGAAAGGUACUUACACACCAGGGAGGGAGAGAUGCCGAUGCUGAAGGGUUCAAUCACGUUUGGUCAUACUUCAAAAACUAGCUAAUUGAAAAGGCAAUUAGGAGUAGAAUAAUUAUGUCAUAUGGUAUGAACUUGAAAUGUGCUUUUAAUACGUGCAACGUUUAAAUUAUUAAGACCAAAAUUUUAGGUUUACUUAUAGAGAACAUUAGGCAAAUAUGUAUUUUGUUAGCGUGAAUUAAUUUAUUCUGUCUGUGUAAAGUUUAGACCUUUGUAAAACAGCUGCCAUCUCUCCCGGAGGAAAACACAAACCACAAUAUAGAACACAAACCAAAGUUACUUUCUAUUCUGUUCGAAGGGCUGCCUAAACAAUAGUUUAGCUUGUGUGUCCACCAACUUCAAUAUUAAAAUACACGAAAUACAUAAAAUACAUAGAUACUAGAUAGGUUAGGGUCUGGGACUGGGGUCAGCGACACACCUGAGACGUCUAACUAGCAGAAUCUCAGUAUUAACUAUAAAAUACACAUUACAUAGGGAUCCAAGCAUUUGCCAUAGAUCGUUUCCAUUGGGGCCCGAUCGUCCACUUCUUCUGGGUGUUCUUCUCCGAUUGCUGGUUGCUCGAGCCCCAACAAACCAGACCUCGCCCCCUAGAACAGAAAUUAAAAAUAAAAUAUGAAUAAUAAUAAUAAUAAUAACAAUAAAGGAGAGGAAAAGUAAGCAAAACUAGCGUAAAGACAAGGAAAAGCGGCUGCUAAAAAGUCAAGCUCCAAUUUGGGCAUCACUGAAACUCAUGUUCCCGAGAAAAGCUAACCGUUGAGAAAGGCACUUAUAAAAUGUAUAUGUUUUCUAUACAUAUAUCUGCAUAUGUGUAUGUAAAUGGAUAAAAAUAUAUAAUAUAUCAUUGUACCUUAUUUUGAAACAGAGAUGUUUUUUUAGUCACUUAAGUCUGGUCGUCGAAAAGUCACCACGAUCCAAACCCAACAACUGAAACCAACCAAGAAAACCAACAAACAAAAAGCAACCGCAAACUUUUACCUAUAUUAUACAAAUACAAAUACUGUCGUCACUAGUUCGUUAAAGAAACAACAAAAACCAACGCAAAUGCAGAAACAAAAGCGAAAUAUUGUACAUUUUCGUGUUUAUUUUUUAGGUCCUAUUGAUUUUUGCAUAAUAUUUAAGUAGCUUUUAUUUUUAUAUGCAAAGCAAAGCAGAGCAAAAACAGAAACAUUGAAUUAAUUUAUAUGAAUAUAUAUAUAUAUAUUAUAUACAUACAUAAACCUAAUAAAAUAUGGGCAAAUUAGUUAGUCACAUAAACGAGAGAAAGAGAUAGCUGGUUAGUUGAGGAUGAUGAAAUGCAGUUCGGCUUUUGCUGCUGCGUUUUUUAGCCCUAGUUUUUACCUUAGCAUAGAACAACAAAAUCAAAAAAAAAAAAACAGCAUAAGUCCAAACCGAAAUGAAAAGUCAUGUGUAAAAAAAUGGAAAACUAAAUGUGAAUAAAUUAAUUGUCUGUAAAAUUAGCGAGAAUUUGUUUGGCAUCGAUGUGCAAGUCGUGUGUUCGUGUGAGUGCGUAUGAAAAGCAAACCAAAAUUAGUUUUUCCUGAAUGUGUAAGCAGCAGCUAAAAAACAAAUAAAUGUGUGUACCUAUUUGUCUGACAAGCAUUGUAAA